UUCAACGCCAUGGACAUCAGUUCCGAGCAGUGAUUCCGAGCAGAAGCAAGUGCCCCGAGGGAAGAGAGCGAUCGCGUGUGUUAAGUGCCUUAAGUUGAAAACGGCGAGUGAUUUUUUUAAGUGGUUUAAAUUGUGAAAUACUUGUAAAACACACACAGAACAAAAAUGGCUUUGGAACGUCAAGUUCGUGCUAAGAUCGCCGGCAAGCGUGACCUGGAAAAGGACAAGGAAGCUCAGCACUGGAUCGAGGAUGUGCUGGGAGAAAAGUUCCCCGCCGGAGUGCUGUACGAGGAUGCCCUCCGGGAUGGGCUCAUUCUGUGCCAGCUGAUCAACAAAUUGGCGCCCGGAUCGGUGCCCAAAGUCAACACAUCCGGCUCGCAGUUCAAAAUGAUGGAGAACAUCAACAUGUUCCAGCAGGCCAUCAAAAAGUACGGGGUGCCCGAUCUGGACGUGUUUCAAACGGUAGAUCUGUACGAGAAGAAAGAUAUCGCCCAGGUGACCAGCACGAUCUUCGCGCUAGGACGAGCGUGCUACAAACACCCGGAGUUCCCCGGACCGUACCUGGGACCGAAACCGGCCGACGAGUGCAAACGUAACUUCACCGAAGAACAACUGGCCGCUGGACAAACCAUCAUCGGACUGCAAGCCGGCACCAACAAGGGAGCGACCCAAGCCGGUCAGAACAUUGGCGCCGGACGCAAGAUCAUCAUCGGAAAGUAACUUCCCAUCCAGGGACGGACGGACACAUGGCCACCCCGAACCGGAAACCCACUUCGAGAUGGAUGUUUUGAUUAUCGUUUACAGUCGCAAACUGUUCGUAUUUAUGGGCGGAGAUCUGGUUGAUUUAUUGCUUUACUCAAUGGCGCAAAUGGAUGAUCCAAAAACGAUGAAGGAAAACCGCCCCCGAACGAUAAACCAUUUGCCAUUUGCGUCUAACAUUAUCGACUUUGUGUAUACGGAUCUGCAAGAAAACUAAGCAUGAACGGAAGAUUUGUAUUUGAACUUAUAAAUGUAUUUUGUACCUAUACGUAUUAUUAAGCGGAGAAUGGAAUUUUUGUAUUGAACAAGGUAUGAGCAAUUUUGAAAUGAUUUAUUUUUACAAAAAUAACUUCUUAUACUAAAUAGAUAGAAAGCGAGAGAGAGAUCGGUGACAGAGAAAAAAAAAA